AUGUUCAGCCCGCCACUUGCGCACCUACAACGGGCCCUCGCCGAGCUUGGCGAUCUCGAGGUGACCGAACAUGAUGUCAGCCACGCGUCUAGCUUCCUCAGCAGUACAAUCAUGUCUUAUCACAAUGAGGACAGUCGCCGGAACGCCAUUCGGCAGCACGUCGACCACUUAAUGGGGGAGCCUGGUCAGUGGGAGGAAAGGCUUGACCGGGUGGGGAACAUCCAGCCUGAUGCGAGUUGGUGGCAAGGUGAGUUCCCUGUCACAAUCCUGGAGCUGAAAAAUGCCCCUGGUAUUGGCGGAGAUCCUUUUGUUCAAAGUCUUGCCGACUACAGCAAGAUUGUGUCGGACCCCCAGCUUGCGCACUUUCAAGGAUCCUGCAAUUUCCCUGUCUUGCUUCUCGGUCUCUCGGGAAAUCGGAUCGAGAUUGGUGUGGCUGUCUGUGUUGGCUCUAUCUACGCAUCCAGGCUAGUCGCCUUCAAUAUCACCCCCGGAUUUCACUUGUCCGAGAACAUCAUCCAUGCGGCUCGAAUCUUCAGGUGCCUUUCAUCGUGUCGAGCGGCACUGGCAGCGCACUACCGCGCAGUUCAGGGCAACCACAUAACUAUUGCGGCAAUCUACCCUGACCCAACCUCAGUCUCUGGCAAUGCAUUGCCGUGCCUGACCUACCACGGUGUCCUCUUGCGAACCGGCGAGCACAUUUCGACCAGCUUGCCAGACCUGGGAGUUGGGACCACCGCGCUGUACCGGGCUACCCUUGGUGACGCUGCCACCCCUGAUGGUGCUACCGAGGUCGUCGUCAAGUUUGCGAGUCGAUACGGUAAAGCAGCCCACCGCCUCUUAUCCGAUGCCAAACUGGCCCCAAAGCUCCACUGGUGCGAGCCAAUCAUCGGGGGCCUUUUUAUGACGGUGCAUCAAUCUGGCGACUGCGAAACAGUUCAAGGCCCAAACCUGUUCCUGAAGCUGUCUUGA